ACCACAACAAAACCGUUCUAAUUGACGCCCGCCUAAGGAGACUCACCCUGUCAAGUUGCGUCAUUAUGCCGCCCAGGGAACCUCUCUGCUUCAGAUAAAGACGCUCUUUUUAGUGACAUACACCUGGACGUACAAAAUGUUGCCGUUUUGCCGUAAUCCACUCCGAGCAGUGAAGGAGUUUAGGGUCCUUGCGUCCGUCCCCUCCCGUGGGAAGGCCUCACUCACUCCGGAACAAAUGGAGAUGAUAAGGAGCGGUCCCAGUCUGAGUGAAUUCAUCCAGACAGCUCCCCUGACUCCUGAUCACCUCAAGAGGAAGAAGGGAGAGAGACUUCGACUCCCGCCGUGGCUGAAGACGGACAUCCCGGUCGGGAGGGAGUUCCACCGGCUCCGAAGGGACCUGAGAGGGCUGGGUCUGACCACGGUGUGCGAGGAGGCCAAGUGUCCCAACAUUGGGGAGUGUUGGGGAGGAGGUGAGGGGAGGCCUGCCACAGCUACCAUCAUGGUAAUGGGAGACCAGUGCACUCGAGGAUGUCGGUUCUGCUCGGUGAAGACAGCGAGAUCUCCCCCACCUUUGGACCCUGCUGAACCGGUCAAUACCGGUAUGGCCGUGGCCAAAUGGGGAGUGGAUUACAUCGUCAUUACAUCAGUGGACAGAGACGACGUGGAGGAUAUGGGGGCAGACCACUUUGCCCGCACCGUUGAAGAGAUCAAGAAAAGGAAUCCGGUGGUUUUGGUGGAAGGGCUGACUCCUGACUUCCAGGGUAGGAAGGACUGCAUUGCUCGAGUAGCCAGAUCUGGUCUGGAGGUGUAUGCUCACAACAUAGAGACUGUCAGGGAACUACACUGGUUGGUGAGAGACCCCAGAGCAGGCUACCGGCAGUCUCUGGAGGUCCUGGAGCAUGCCAAGCAGGUGAACCCUGACCUGGUGACCAAGAGCUCCAUCAUGCUCGGCUGCGGAGAGACAGACGAACAAGUCCUCCAGACUCUAAAUGAUCUGAGGAAAUCUGGUGUUGACUGUGUCACUUUGGGUCAGUACAUGCAGCCAACCAAACAACACCUGAAGGUGAAAGAGUACGUGCCUCCAGAGAAGUUCAAGUUCUGGGAGGACGUUGGGGAGAGGCUGGGGUUUGCCUACACAGCCAGUGGACCCCUAGUCAGGUCCUCCUACAAGGCCGGCGAGUUUUACAUCAAGAACAUUGUGGAGAAGAGAUCUGGCCGCAGAGAGACCAGCCAUCACUCAAAUCUCUCAUCUACUUAG